AGGUUGUCGUUCGUGGUUGUGGGUGUUUGGAUUCUCGGUAGUCGUCGAGUGGUUGAGUCAGUCAGUUCGAUCGCAGUCUUCCGCAGGGACUUUCCGUGUAACGAGCGAUCGACCACCGCAUCGAAGCAACUGCAUUUUCGAGUCCACUCUGAGUAAACGUCAAGAUGUUGCGCCUCGCAGGAGCGUUUUUGCUAAUUUGCCUGCACGCGGGAUACGUUCACGGAAUGGACUGUUCUUUUGGACAGAGCAAGAAUUUUGUGGAUAAGAUAUUAAAAUCGUGUCCGGGUAUCCUGGAUUCGUCUGACAAGUCUUAUUGCUGCUACGAUUUAGUCGAUGAAAGGGCCUAUUGUUGCGACGCCGAGGAGUUUGCAGUGAAAACCGGACUCGGUAUCGUGGUUCCCGUGAUAAUCGCUGCAGCUAUAGUCAUUUCACUGAUAGUGUGUUGUAUAUCCUGUCUCUGCUGUAGCUGUUGUCCGUGGUAUCGCCGUCGUCAUCAGGGCACUGUCUACGGAAUGCAGGCACCUGUUGUGCAAGUAAUUCAGCCUCCGGCAUCACUUCCACCGAGCUACACCAGCCAAGCAGUUCCAAAUCCAUACCCAUAUCAAAUUCAUAAUCCCCCGUAUCCAACAAGUUCGACAGGAAUGCCACAACCCCCACCGUACACUGAAGCGUACGCUAAACAGGCUCCGUACAACCCCGCAUAUCCACCACCAUCGUCGCAGUAACAACGUUCCAGAUUAUAGUUACCUUAGUGCCUUGGUUACAGUUAUCGAUGAAACAAGGUUCCUCUUACCAUUGUCCGCCAUCGCCAGGGCAAUUCUUGUCGAAUCUGAGCUCGGUGUCAAUACAGAGAAUACAUUGUGUUCAUCUGGCCGUCGUAUAGCACAAGCAGAAUCAUGAUCGAUGUGCGGUUUACGCGAUGGUUCAUCUGCAAAUACUCUCGUACAACUUUUUACAAAUAUAUACACUUUACAUGUUUCCGAUAUGUUCUUCCUGUUGGAUAGAUUUUGCUGAAAAGUGUUUGAUACUUUGAUUUUAUCACACGUUUUUACAUAUUUAAAAACAUGAUAUUAAAAAGUAUAUUCUUGUAGAAUACUUUUUAUAAUUUAUAGGUUUUCUGAAAUUAAUAUAACAAACUGUGUGAAAUAUUAUCGACAACUUACAAAUUUAUAAUAAAAAAAGUAUAUAAUACUUAUUGAACUCUAUUCAAUUGUAUAGAAUUUAAAUGUAUUAUUGUUAAUAGAUUUAAUUACAAGAUUAAUAAAAUGCUAAGAUAUUCUUAGAAAUUUUAUUAUAAAUAAAAUUAAUCCAACUGUUAUGCACAAA